GUGACGGGCACUUUUCUGACUGGUCACCUGGCCAGUUUGGAACGGAUCUUGCUCACUCGAGUGUAUCGCUACUGGCUGACCUCAUGGCCAUUAUCUGUCGGUCACACCUAUCCCAUCGCUCUGUCCGAUUUUGCUCGUGGUCCUGCUGUCCAGGGUGCGGGGUGGCCGACUAUGGAUCAGCCUAUCGAUCCGCAUUUAUUCUUUUCUAAUGAUCCUGGUUUCUAUCUCCCCAUUGCCAAGGCUAUUCGUCUAGAACCGACAAGAUCCGAUUUGUUUCGAGUGGACUCGAACGAGUGUAAGCCGCAACUGAACACCUGCGAAUGGCUCGUAAAUCCGCAUACCUCGAACUAUCUGGUCGGGUCGGCCAGUUUGGCUUCCUAUGCGGGUACGUUCGUGUAUUGUCAUUCGGGACUCAAUGACAAAGCUGUUGCUCAUGAAAAAUGUACACCGAUUGUUUUACUUUAUCGUGGACCACCGGGUGAUAUCGAUGCAUAUCGGUGA